GAAUUGAUCAAAUUGAUUGUAUUUUCAGAUAAGCUUUAAUUAGCCUCUGCAGAGGAUAUCGAGCCAUUCAAAAACAGUAGAAUUUGUCAUGCAAAAGUCAACGAGUCCAGUUAUAUGCAUCUCGACUUGAUUAUUGCAAGAGUAUCAAACGAGAUACAAGAUGGUUAUAAAACCACAACUUGUAGUUUUAUAUCAAGCAUGAAACCAUUGUUGAGCCAUACAUACGAAUGCACAAUCCUGAUAAGAAUGACAAUCAGAUUCAUCAAGCCAUACUUGCCACAAUUCAUUAUUGAAACCAUCUACAAUAGAGCAAUAUGACAUGGACACAUCAGCUAGCAGCACAUUUAGGAAUAGAAUCUGGCAUACUUGCAACAUGCAUGGUUCUACUAGGGAAUAUCCUACUGGCACCACUCUACGGCCAUCUCAAACACCCAGUCGCUUGUCAUAUCAUGUCGAUUGCAGUGACCAGCCUAACCUACUCGAUACUCUUUGGGUUUGCGGGGUUUGUGCAACUGACAGCAUUGGCACUAGUGUGUUAUGCCAUCAUGGCCACUGUGCGCUGUGCAUACACCUCGCCAAUAUUAGUUGGGACGGUUAGUAUGGCUGUCUUGUGCUUACACCACAUUUACAACCAGUGGAUCAUGAACAAAACAGCAUAUAUCGAUGCUACAGUUCCACUGAUGAUGCUGGUGAUGCGUCAGAUCACUCUUGCAUGGCAGAUCCACGAUGGAACGCUUCCUGACCAUCAAGGAACGCAGUCGCAGAGCAAUCGUUGAUAUGCCUUCCAUACUUGAAUACCUUGGCUUUCUGUACUUCUUUCCAGCAUUUCUUAUUGGCCCUGCAUUCUCGUUUGUAGAAUACAACAACUAUCUGCAUCGUCGAGUGAGUAUUGGCAGUGUGCAACAGCAUGUCAUCCGAUUGAGAUCUGACUAAUAGUGUCUCUUGUUGAUCCAGGGCGAAUUCAAGACUAUUCCAAAUCCAUAUGUUCCAGCCAUGGAGUGUCUUUCGUCUACGUUUAUUCCACUGUUCAUUGUAAUUCAAGGCAGUCCACACUUUUCUCCAUCGAGACUGUUGGAUUCUGUCUUGUUACAAGAAAAAACGUUUCUGCAGCUGUAAGUCGUACCAAUGCAGUUGUGGUUGAUGCACGAGUCUGACCCUGUUGAUGUAUUUAAUAUGGCAGAG